AUGAAAGCCUCCCGUCUCGCUGCCGGCGCCGCCGUGUCGUGGGCCGCCGCGACGUGGGCCGCCGCCACCGCCGCCACCGCCGCCAGGGUCGCCAAGCUCGUCCUGUCCGACGCCGCCGGUCACAUCUACCUCGCCGACUUUGACGGCGCCGCGUUCAGGCUGCGCUGCAACGCGAGCGUGGGCGGCGCGCCGACCUGGCUGGCCUUCUCCCCGCCCAGCGGCAGCCUGUACGCGGUGGACGAGAACAGCGCGACGACGAUGCGGCUCGACGUCGACCUCCAGGCCGGCACGGUGACGCCGUCGGCCAAUGUCACGUCGGCCAACGGCAUCGUGCACCUCGAGUUCUCCGGCGACGGCGGGCGCAUGCUCGGCGCGGCGUACGGCUCGGCCGGCGUGGCCGUCUUCAACACGGCCGGCGGCGGCCUCGAGUACCUCCGGUCGGUGGCGUCGAGCGACCGCGGGGGCCCCGUGCCCGGGCGCCAGGACAAGCCGCACCCGCACCAGACGGUGCGCGACCCCAGCGGCCGCUUCUUCGCCGUCAACGACCUCGGCACCGACCGCAUCCUCGUGCUCGACGGCCGCGAUGACGCCUUCGCCGUGGUCAACCACGUGCCCGUCGCGCCGGCCGGCUGCGGGCCCCGGCACGGCGCCUUCUACCCCGCCGGCGCGGCCCGCGCCUCGCACUACCUCGUCGUCUGCGAGAUGCGCAACCUGGUCAACCUGUACGCCGUGCGCUACGGCGGGCCCAGGGGCAUCGACUUCUUCUUCGAGCAGUCCCUGUCGACCCUGCCGCCGGGCGCGGGCGCGGUGUCGCCCACCGCCGCCGCCGGCGAGCUCGUGCUCAGCCGCGACAGCCGCAACGUCUACGUCUCCAACCGCCUGGUCGACAAGGACAAGCGCGCCGACGACAGCAUCGCCAGCUUCCGCGUCGUCCCGGCCGGCGCCAGCGUCAAGCUGGAGCUGCUGGGCCUGACCCCGACGGGCGGCCGCCUGCCCCGCAUGUUCAGCCAGUCCGCCGACGGGGAGACGCUGUUCGUGGCCAACCAGGCCGGCGGGCUGGGGCUCGUGGCGCUGCGCAGGAAGCCGGACGGCACGGUGGCGGACGCGCCGGUCGCGAGCGUCGCCAUGGGCGAGUUUCCGGGCGGCAACGGGCCGGCGUUUGUGCAGCAGAUUGCGUAG